AUGACAAUCUCCCGCUUCCACGUCUUCCUUCCGCCCACUCUCCUCCCACUUUCUUCCUUCAAGACCUCUCGACCAGCCCCGGACGAGCUCAUCUUUCAUACCCUGGCGCCUACCGCGCGCGGGAUUGAGACUAUCGAGUCCCUCUCGCAACGGCGGGCCGAAGCUGUCAUUCGGCGAGAUGUACCUGUGCAGUCCAGUCAAUCGGACCCGGAGCCGGAGCAACAACUGGCGCUGGAGCAGGAGCAAGAGUCCGCGCGAUCCAACGUGGCGAUAGAAAAUGAUGAGGUGGAAAGCUGGGAGAACAGCGUGGUCAUGGACAAGCCCAGUACCAAGCGGGCGAGGGAAGAAGUGGACGACGAGGACUCAAUCACGUCUCUCCCGGCCAAGUCGGCGUACUUGCAACCUCGGGUCAGUACAUCUAGGGCUCUGGGCCCUCGACGGUCGAGUCGUAUGGCCAGGACAUCUGACGGCCAUUUGACCACCCUUCCGGGCCUGGACGGAACAGAAUCUUUCCUCUCGCUUAAUACGACCGCGACUAUCUCUCAGCCGUCCCAGCCGCCCAUGCCCGGCUGGUCCAUCCCCCUAUCGAAGCUCAUAUCUCUCCAAUCGCUCCUGGCGGGCCGUAUGCCUCAGCGCAGGCAAUUCCAGCAUAGCGACAGCGCCAAGAUCAGCCUGAUGGUGUGCGUUAUGGCGGUAGAUACGCCCGUUCGGCGGCAGCGGAAAGAGGAAAAGGCGAGGGGUCAGGAAGGGACGCUCUGGAUCGGGGGUUGGCAGGUUACUGCGCCCCCUGUGGAAGGGGAGACGGGCGAGGGAGGUGGGGUAGGGUGUGCUGUCAAGCUGUGGGAAGGGCUCGCUAGGGAGUGGGAUGAGCGGAAGGUCAGGAGAGGGGAUGCGCUCCUCCUCGAGAAUGUCGAAUUCAAACCCUCAACGGCCAAAGAUCCCCCAUCUAUCGUAAUCUCCGCCGGACCAUCCUCUGCUCCCCAACCCCGGAUAACCAUCCUCUACCGUACCCUUCCCCGCCGCACAGCUAGCAAGUCCGACUACCUCCCACCUCGCCGGGGCGGUAGAGGGUUCUCCAGCAUGCUGCCUCCUCCCGCGGCUGCUGGGCCCGCGCGGAUGCUGGCGGAGGAUGAGUCGCUACGGCCUGAUUUGAGGUUGAGUCGGAGUGAUGCGGGGGUGAGGAGGGUGGAAGAGUGGGCAAAGUGGUUCGCGAACUGGGUGGGAGGGGAGCCACCAUAA